UUUUUACAUGUUUUUAUGUGACAUAAGUAUCUUGGGGCUGUUCAGCAUAAAUUCUUUUCAAGCUAACUGGAACACUGUAGUACAAGAUGUUCACCCCCUGAUGCUGUAUUCACGGGUCAAGAUUCUACAAUGCUCUUUGCUUGUUAAGGUUAAAGGACUUUGUACUUUAUUAUAGAAAAGUGUGUUAUUUCUUUGUUUGACUUUUAAUAUAAGCCCCAGAAGAAGUUUUCCUUUCGGGAAAUGGUUAAAGGCCACAUAUUUUUAUCUACUUUCAGCAUUUUUUUUUUCUGUCAAACUACGACACACAGUUCAAACCUGGAUUAGAUUAUCAUAAACACAUAGCGGAAUAAUUACAUCCAUGUUUGUGAUUUGUGAAACCUUGGUCUGAUUUGUCAAACUUAAACAAAGGACAAUUUCAGCACUUUUUGGCCAUUUGGAUCUAAAAUUCUUAAGACACCAACUUAAUCUACAUAUUUAGACCACACAUUUAUUUUCACACAAUAACAUUCAUACAUACACUCAAACACAUACACACACUGAUUAGUUUGAUUAACUCUUCAUUUAUGCCCAUCUUACUAUCAUAAAACAAAUGUAUUAUAAAUGUAGAUUCCCCCCCCCCCCCCGCCCCCCAGUUCUCUUUUGCUCUUAUUUGAAAGCAUGCCACGUAAGGGACGUUGCUCGGCUGCCAAGGUGAGAUGGAGGAGGAUGGACCCUGAGCCGGACAUUGCCAAGCCCAGGACACCCCCACCCACUCUGCAAGCUUGGACCCCAACUCAGUCUCCGGAGAAGAAGAUGCCUCGACUGCUGCAGUUCAUGCCCUCUGACCAGACGUGUGCCAAGGUGUGCCAGGAGGAGCCCCGUGCGCCAUCGACCCCUAUUGGUUCUCGUCGAGGGACGGGGUAUCGCCAUCGCGUGACGCAGUGGGGCUAUUCACGUGUCACGAGGCGUAGGCGUAAGUUUGUGCUCCUGGCCGAGGCUCCAGAGAAAAAGUUUGCUCUUUUGGUUGGCGACUCCCAUUUGCGCGCUAUUGUAGAUGGGUUUGUCACCAUGCCAGGGAGUAAUUUCUCCUUAGGGGUGCUGUCCUCUCCUGGAGCCUCUGCAGAUGAGUUGCGGCGUGAGGUGAUGGAUGCGGUUCUGCCUCGGACCCCAGACGUCAUCUGUCUUCUGGCGCCAAGCAACAACUUGAGUUCCAGCAGGACCAUCCAGGAGGCGGGACGGGACUUUGACACUUUGUUGUUUACCGUAAGCAACCUCUGUGCUAAUGUGGUUGUUUUGGACUUCCCACCACGGCUCGUCGUUGAGGAGAGGGAGCAGGCACUCCUGCGACAGGAGUACAGCCGUGUGGCGGCCAAGAGAAGUGUUCGGUACCUGCCGGUAAUUGAGCACUUCCCUCUGAGCCACCUGGAGUUGUGGAGCAGGGACGGUGUUCACCUGAGCGACACACCUGGUAUGGAGGUCCUUGCUGAGUUGCUGUGGACUGCGGUCUGCUCGCAACUUCAGAUAAGUGCUCCUGUUUCUGCUUCUCUGUCUCCUUCUGCUUUUCCACCUUUCUCUGCCUCUCCUGUCUCUGCUGCGGCAGGUUGUCCCCCUGUCUCCGCCUCUGCGGCAUCUUGUCCCUCUGUCUCCGCCUCUGCGGCAUCUUGUCCCCCUGUCUCCGCUGCUGCGGCAUCUUGUCCCCCUGUCUCUGCUGCUGCGGCAUCUUGUCCCUCUGUCUCCGCCUCUGCGGCAUCUUGUCCCCCUGUCUCCGCUGCUGCGGCAUCUUGUCCCCCUGUCUCUGCUGCUGCGGCAUCUUGUCCCUCUGUCUCCGCCUCUGCGGCAUCUUGUCCCCCUGUCUCCGCUGCUGCGGCAUCUUGUCCCCCUGUCUCUGCUGCUGCUGCAUCCUGUCCCCCUGUCUCCGCUGCUGCGGCAUCUUGUCCCCCUGUCUCUGCUGCUGCGGCAUCUUGUCCCCCUGUCUCUGUUGCUGCGGCAUCUUCUCCCGCUUUAUCUCUGCCUGACCCCCUUCUCCCUCUGCCUGACCCCCUUCUCCCUCUGCGUCAUCCCCUUCUCCCUCUGCCUGACCCCCUUCUCCCCCUGCGUCACCCCCUUCUCCCCCUGCGUCAUCCCCUUCUACCUCUGCCUGACCCCCUUCUCCCCCUGCGUCACCCCCUUCUCCCCCUGCGUCACCCCCUUCUCCCUCUGCGUCACCCCCUUCUCCCUCUGCAUCACCCCCUUCUCCCUCUGCAUCACCCCCUUCUCCCUCUGCCUGACCCCCUUCUCCCCCUGCCUUGA